AUGGACAACUGGAAGCCAAUUGACAAUGGACAUCACAGGAACACCAGCUUCACCGUCACAACAGACAUCACAGGAACACCAGCCUCACCGUCACAACAGACAUCACAGGAACACCAGCACCGUCACAACAGACAUCACAGGAAUACCAGCAACACCGUCACAAUAGACAUCACAGAAAUACCAGCCCCACUGUCACAACAGACAUCACAGGAACACCAGCAACACCGUCACAACAGACAUCACAGGAACACCAGCAACAUCGUCACAACAGACAUCACAGGAACACCAGCAACACCGUCACAACAGACAUCACAGGAACACCAGCAACACCGUCACAACAGACAUCACAGGAACACCAGCACCACCGUUACAACAGACAUCACAGGAACACCAGCCUCACUGUCACAACAGACAUCACAGGAACACCAACACCGUCACAACAGACAUCACAGGAACACCAGCACCACCGUCACAACAGACAUCACAGGAACACCAGCACCACCGUCACAACAGACAACACAGGAACACCAGCACGGUUACAACAGACAUCACAGGAACACCAGCACCGCCACAACUGACAUCACAGGAACACCAGCACCACCGUCACAACAGACAUCACAGGAACACCAGCACCGCCACAACAGACAUCACAGGAUCACCAGCAACACCGUCACAACAGACAUCACAGGAAAAAACAGCCUCACCGUCACAACAGACAUCACAGGAACACCAGCAACACCGUCACAACAGACAUCACAGGAACACCAACACCGUCACAACAGACAUCACAGGAACACCAGCACCACCGUCACAACAGACAUCACAGGAACACCAGCACCACCGUCACAACAGACAACACAGGAACACCAGCACGGUUACAACAGACAUCACAGGAACACCAGCACCGCCACAACUGACAUCACAGGAACACCAGCACCACCGUCACAACAGACAUCACAGGAACACCAGCACCGCCACAACAGACAUCACAGGAUCACCAGCAACACCGUCACAACAGACAUCACAGGAAAAAACAGCCUCACCGUCACAACAGACAUCACAGGAACACCAGCAACACCGUCACAACAGACAUCACAGGAACACCAGCACCACCGUCACAACAGACUUCCCAGGAACACCAGCACCGCCGUCACAACAUACAUCACAGGAACACCAGGAACACCGUCACAACAGACAUCACAGGAACACCAGCAACACCGUCACAACAGACAUAACAGAAAUACCAGCCUCACUGUCAUAACAGACAUCACAGAAAUACCAGCCUCACUGUCAUAA